UCCAUGGAAAAUAACACAGAAGUGACUGAGUUCAUCCUCCUCGGACUAACCAGUGCCCCAGAACUGCAGGUCCCCCUUUUUAUAAUAUUCACUCUCAUUUACCUUAUCAAUGUGGUUGGAAACCUGGGGAUGAUCCUGUUGAUCCUGCUGGACCCUCGUCUCCACACCCCCAUGUACUUCUUCCUCAGUAACCUGUCUCUGACGGACUUUUGUUACUCUACAGCUGUCACUCCCAAAGUCAUGGCUGGGCUCCUUACAGGGGACAAGGUCAUCUCCUACAAUGCAUGUGCUGCUCAGAUGUUCUUUUUUGUAGCUUUUGCCACCAUAGAAAAUUUACUCUUGGCCUCAAUGGCUUAUGACCGCUACACAGCUGUGUGCAAGCCCCUCCACUACACCACCACCAUGACGAUAAGUGUGUGUGCUCGUCUGGCCAUCGGCUCCUACAUCUGUGGUUUCCUAAAUGCCUCCAUCCACACUAGGGACACAUUCAGUCUCUCUUUCUGUGUGUCCAAUCAGGUCCAUCACUUUUUCUGUGAUGUUCCUGCAGUCAUGGCUCUGUCUUGUUCUGAUAGACAGGUUGGUGAGCUAAUUCUUGUUGUUGUGGCAAGUUUCAAUAUCCUUUUAGCUCUCCUGUUUAUCUUGAUUUCCUACCUGUUCAUAUUUAUCACCAUCCUGAAGAUGCCCUCAAUGGAAGGAUACCUGAAGGCUUUAUCCACCUGUGCUUCUCACCUCACAACAGUCUCCAUCUUCUAUGGGACAGUCAUCUUCAUGUACGCCCAGCCCAGCUCCAGCCAUUCCAUGGACACGGACAAAAUCGCAUCUGUGUUCUAUACAAUGCUCAUCCCCAUGCUGAACCCUGUGGUCUAUAGUCUGAGAAACAAAGAGGUCAAGAAUGCUUUCAAGAAGGUUGUUGAGAAGGCAAAAUUGUGUCUAGGCUUUACCUCUUAA